GGCGGCAGCAGCAAGGUCGAUGCCAAACAAGCAGAGGUCACUCAUCAAGAAGCUGGCAGAGGGGAAGCCGGUGAGUAAACCUGACCUGGUGAAUAUCAUCAAGGACCUGCGGAAGGACUGUAAGUACGAAUACGCGCUUCAGGUGAGUCUCCACCCGAAGCUCAAGCUUUAAUCAGUGUUGACAUCAAUGCCGAUGAUUGAGGCAUAUCUUUGAUCAUCAAUGCCAACAGUCAUGUCCACGCUUUGUUUAAGUUCCUUGCGGAUUACUUUUGUAUGCUAAUUGCCGAAUUGAGCAGCUAUUUCCGGAGAGGCUCACUCAACUAUCUUAUCAUCAGAUCUCAAUUUAUAGUUUUGAUCUUUCUCUUGGUGAUUCCAGUGGAACUAAAUGAUAAACAAUAAGGUAAACAUUGGAUCCAUAAGCGAAACAUCAUUGCUUGAGGAUAGUCUGCUCUGGUUUUCGUUUGAUUUGUUGUAAUUUUUGCGAAUUGAUAAACUCGAAAGAUUGCCGCCACAUGCUGUGAAAUGCAUAAUUGUUGGAGCGGUAAAAAGAAUAGCAGUCGCUGUUGAGGAAAUUAUGCACCCCCAUUGAUGUUUGUGUUGCUUCGUACAAGCAUAGGUGAUGGAGUUGAUGGAGAAUCGGAAUAUCGACGUUUCAUUAAGGGAUUAUGCCAUUCGCUUGGAUCUUAUAUCAAAGGUCAAAGGGGUUGCUGCAGUUGAGAAUUAUUUCCACAACCUGCAUUAGCGGAGAACAAGUAUACCUAUACAGCUCUUUUGAAUUAUUACAGUAAGGAAGCAAUGGAAGACAAGGCAUUUGCUGCUGUUCAAGGAGAUGGGAGGAUUGGGUUUUACUUGCCAUCCUUUGCCUUACGGUAACAUUAUGAGCCUAUACAUGAGAAUCAGAAAACCCCAGAAAAUUCUGAGCCUAGUGGGGGAGAUGAAACGAAAAAACAUCUCCUUGGACUUGUUGAGCUAUAAUAUGUGGAUGCAGAGCUACGCGUGCAUAGAUGACGUGGAGAGAACAGAGAGGGUCUACCACAAAAUGUUAGGAAAUUAUGCGUCUCUUUGCGAUUGGACCACAUAUAGUACCCUAGCUUCGCUCUAUGUCAAGGCAGGGCUCACUGAGAAAGCAGAGUCAGCUCUUAAGAAAUUAGAGUCGGUUGUGGAGCCCAAAGAACGAGAGGCCUACCACCAUCUUAUCACCCUCUAUGCAGGUCUUAAUAAUCUGGGGGAGGUUCAGAGGGUGUGGGCAUCCCUGAAGGCGGCUUAUCUUAUCAACAACAGCAGCUAUGUCGCGAUGCUCAGCAGCCUGCAUAGAUUGAAAGACUUCGAGGGUUUAAGGAAAGUUUUCGAGGAGUCUGUCUGACUGCUUGAGCUAUGACAAUAGGUUAGUAAAGAUUGCUAUAAGUGCUUAUCUGGAUCAAGACAGACUCGAAGAAGCUGAAGCUCUAUUCAAGGAUGCCUUGGAGAAUUCCAGCAGGCCAUUCUUGCGUGGAAUUGAACUGUUUAUGGUAUAUUUCUUGGGGAAAGGGCGGGUAGUUCGGAGCAUGGAGUUGCUGAAAGCUGCUGUGUUCAUGUGCAAGGAGGGGAAGUGGAUCCCAGAGGAGCGUACAAUCAAAGGCGUUUCAGAUGCAAUUUGAGGGGGGAAGAGAUGUAGAUUCCGCAAAUGAAUUGUUCAAUCUUUUAAAGGAUGUAGGCGGUCUCAAAGGUACUGCAUACAGACUGUUACUCAAGACUUAUGCAGCUGCAGGCAAAACUGAUCGAGAGAUGCGUAAAAUGCUGGAGGAAGAUGGGAUCGAGAUAGACGAUGAGCUUGAGAAGGUGCUUGAAAAGAUUUGCCCCUCCUCAUAACUUCUUAGUAAGGUACUACUCCAUUUAUUCUGGAGAUUUUUUCUGGAUUGCAUGGGGAGGGACCUUUACAUAUAUAAUCCCAAGUAUUUAUGAUAUCGAGGACGCAUGAACCUGAUAUCUAACCUCUAUUCAAUUGUCUUGGGAAUGAUUGCGUCGUCCAUGUCAUUGUAUAGUUUUCUCACUAAUUUUGGGAUACAAAGAUGUCGAAUAGACAAUGCUUUAAAGAGGCUGCAUCAUUCCUCUUCACUGAUAUGAGUUAUAUCUUGUCUGCCUUCACUGAUCGAGCAUUGGAUUCAGAAGGAACAACCAUUAUAAGAUUGACUCCCAAAUUUGUCAUUGUAUUGGUUUGUACUUUGCACCUAACUUUAAACCUAAAAUAAUGGUCGCCCGAUGUUUUUCUGUCAUCAACUGUUUAUGAUUGCUGUUCAAGGUACAAUUACAACGGUCUUCAAUCUGUUCCGACUGUAUAGCACUUUACUAAUCACUAAUGGGUGAUUCCAGAAGUUGCUUUGUUCA